UUUUAUUCUAGACAUGUUUUAUUUAAUGAAAAAUUAUUUCCAUUUCAAUCAUUUCAGAAUCCUUCCAUAUCUAGUUCUAAUUGUCAAAAAUCCUUUUUAAAUUCUAAUCUUUUCUCCUUGGAAAAUCCAGCCACUAGCAUGCCAAUCUCCACUUAUGCACCUUCACCUAUUGGGAUUUCACCUCAAUCCACGUGGUUCUCACCUCAGUCCACUUGGCAAGAAUCUCAUCCCCCUACUGUGAGUAAUUCACCAAACCACAUCUCUAAUUUCCUGCCCACUGCUGUAACCGUCCCAUCUACUUCACCUCCUUCCUCACAACCACCAUCUCAUCCCCAAAUUCAACACUUACCUGCCUCACCUACAGUUGAUACAUCCUCCACCUCUACGACUCCAUCUCAGAAUCAACCAUUAUCCUUAGCCAACUCACCUCCAUCAUGCCUUGAUGUCCACCCUACAAUAUCUUCCUCACCUUCUCCUCCACCAAUACCACCACCCACCAGAACUCACCCCAUGAUCACACGUUCCCAAAACCAGAUCUUUAAACCCAAGCAACUCUAUCUUGCAGAAACACCUUGUUCUGAAAUUGAGCCAACAUGUGUAAGUCAAGCAUUGAAAGAUCACCGAUGGAGGCAAGCCAUGUCUGAGGAAUUCAGCGCAUUGGUGAGUCAAGGUACGUGGGAUCUUGUUCCUUCUGCACCUAAUCAAAAUAUUAUUGGUUGCAAAUGGGUCUUCAGGGUGAAAAGAGGUAAGGAUGGACAAGUUGAACGCUAUAAGGCUAGACUAGUGGCUAAAGGAUUCCAUCAAAAACCAGGAUCAGAUUACUUUGAAACAUUUAGUCCUGUUAUCAAACCGACAACCAUCCGGACGGUUCUAUCCAUUGCAGUGAGCAGAGGCUGGAAAAUUCAUCAAUUGGACAUUAACAAUGCCUUUCUUCAUGGGAAAAUUGAUGAGCAAUUGUUUAUGCAACAGCCAGCAGGAUUCAUUGAUCCUAAUCUUCCACACCAUGUAUGCCGGUUGCACAAAUCCCUCUACGGGCUUAAACAAGCCCCAAGGAUGUGGUUCAGGGAACUAAAAGACUUUUUGGUUUCACAUGGCUUUACCAACUCAAGGUCAGAUUCCUCUCUCUUCAUUUUUCAUCACGCUGCUAAUUGGCUUUAUGUCCUAGUAUAUGUAGACGAUAUCCUUAUCACUGGAAGCAGUCCUAAAGCUAUUGACAACUUGAUUACUGCAAUGGGUUCCAAAUUUUCCUUGAAAAACCUUGGUCAAUUGGAUUUCUUUCUCGGGGUGGAAGCUAUUCAAACCAACUCUGGAUUAUUUCUUUCACAAAGGAGGUAUAUCCAAGACAUCUUGCAGCGCACGGGCAUGGAGAAGGCAAAGGCAGCAAGCACACCUCUUAGUUCCACCACUACACUUCGACAAUUGUCUGGUCAUUCACUCACGGAUCCCACUGUAUACAGGCAAGUUGUGGGUUCCCUUCAAUAUCUAUCUCUCACUCGCCCAGAUCUUUGCUUCGCUGUCAAUCGGUUGUCUCAAUUCAUGCAUAGCCCCACUGAUGCUCACUGGCAGGCCGUGAAACGAGUUCUUCGAUAUCUCAAUGGAACAAAAUUUCAUGGCCUUCUAAUUCGGCCACAAACCUCUUUGUCUCUUCAUGGUUUUUCUGAUGCCGAUUGGGCGGGUGAUAAGGAUACUUUAAUCUCUACAACUGGUUAUGUGAUGUAUCUUGGCUCAAAUCCAGUGUCUUGGAAAGCAACUAAGCAACGAGCUGUGGCUCGAAGCUCAACAGAAGCAGAAUACAGGGCUUUAGCAGCAGCUAGCUCCGAGGUUGUUUGGGUCUGCAAUCUUCUUCACGAACUUGGUGUCUAUCAAUCCACACCACCUGUGCUCUAUUGUGACAAUCUUGGUGCUACAUAUCUCAGUCGCAAUCCUGUCAUGCAUUCACGUAUGAAACAUAUUGCUGUUGAUCUCCAUUUUGUUCGUGACUUGGUGGAUCAGAAAAUUCUCCGUGUUUCCCACAUCUCUUCUAAGGAUCAACUAGCUGAUGGACUCACUAAACCAUUGUCAAGCAAUCGUUUCAUUUCUUUGCGGUCCAAGAUUGGAGUCACGGAUGGUUCCUCCAUCUUGCGGGGGCAUGUUAAGGAAAGAAUCAGCUUGUGAAUCUGAAUCUCCAUUCAAUUAUUUCUG